UUUGUCCAGACAAGGAAACACAUCAGUCGAAAAUGUAGAAAGUGUUGAAUCAGACGGUCACAAUGAAGCUCUUUAUGUUUCUGCUUCUCCUGGGAGUACACGGCACGGCAGCAGUUACACAUUCGCUGCAGUACUUCUACACGGCAUCAUCAGGAAUACCCGGCUUCCCAGAGUUUGUCAAUCUGGGAAUGUUGGAUGGUGUACAGCUGGACUAUUAUGACAGUAACAUCAAGGAAGUGAUUCCCAAGCAGGACUGGAUGGCCAAGAAUGAAGGACCUGAGUACUGGGAGAGAAACACUCAGAAGUCCAUUGGUGAUGAGCAGACCUUCAAAGCUAACAUUGAAGUUGCAAAGCAGCGCUUCAAUCGGACUGGAGGUGUUCACCUUGUUCAGAACAUGUACGGCUGUGAAUGGGAUGAUGAGACAAAUGAGGUUAAUGGAUAUCAUCAGUAUGGUUAUGAUGGAGAAGACUGGCUAUCAUUUGACCUGAAGACUGAGACAUGGGUCGCUCCAAAACAACAGGCUGUCAUCACCAAACUCAAAUGGGAGAAAGACAAAGCUCCAAUAUCAUACUGGAAGAACUACUUCACCAAGGAAUGUCCUGAUUGGAUAAAGAAGUAUGUGAACUAUGGGAGGAGCUCCCUGAUGAGAAAAGAUCUUCCCUCAGUGUCUCUCCUCCAGAAGACUUCCUCCUCUCCGGUCACCUGCCACGCUACAGGUUUCUACCCUGACAGAGCCGACUUGUUCUGGAGGAAAGAUGGAGAGGAGCUUCAUGAGGACGUGGACAAAGGAGAGAUCCUCCCCAACCAUGAUGGAACCUUCCAGAUGAGUGUUGACCUGAAGAUUUCAUCAAUCGCUCCUGAAGACUGGAAGAAGUACGACUGUGUGUUUCAGAUGUCUGGGGUCAAAGACGACAUCAUCACCACAUUGGAUAAAUCAGUGAUCAGGACCAAUGAAGGUUCUUCAGGGUUCCCUGUUGCUGCUGUUGCUGCUGUUGUUGGAGGUGUUGUAGGACUGUUGGUCCUGAUAGCCUGUAUCACUGCAGUUGUCAUCUAUGUUGUCAUCAAGGGAAGAAAAUAUAAAAGCUUCAGUCGUAGCAGCAGCACUUCUGAAACUUCGACUUCCUCUGCCGAAGAUCUAGACCCUAAGAAGAACAUCAGCGGUGAACAGAAGAAGAUGCUAAAAAACUAAUGAAUGAAUGUGGAAUCAACAAAUCUCAGUCUGUGGUUUUUAAUCUACAAAACCAGGCGAAGUACAAAGUCUUCUGAGUUGAAAUCAAAUUGUUCAAAUGUGUCUGAAUUUCCUCUGUGAAACAUUUUGCUGAUUGUUCUGCCUCGAGUCAUCAUUUUUUUCUAGUUUACCAGCAUCCAGGGUUCAUUUCUGUCUACAUGCUGCCAUUAAAUGCAGUUUGUGUUUUUAUCCCCUGCCGGCCAUAGGCACGAAGGGGGAUAUUGGCGUGGGCACGUCUGUCCGUACAUACGUACGUCCGCAUUUCGUUUCCGGAGCAUAUCUCUGAAACUACUUGAGGGAUUUCAUUCAUAUUGCACCCAGGCCAUCUCUAUAUAGUAUAGAUGUGCCUUUUGGGGUGUAUGACCUUGACCUGAUUUUCAAGGUCAUAGUGAGGCACUUCAAAUAUUUUUUUGUUUCCGGAUCAUAGCUCAGAAACUAGUUGAGGGAUGUCAGUCAU